GCAAAGGGCAUAAAACCAUCCGGAGCAGUCUGGGGCAGCUCAGUUCUGUAGCGCCAGGGAGCGGAGCAGAGCCCAGCCCUGCACCAAACACAGAUGGGACCAUGAUCUCCAGCCACAACUUUAGCCAGACCCUCUCAGGCUCCUUCCAUGGCACAGGAGGCAGCUGGGGCCAGCUGGGGAGCUUCCCUCGGGCUCCCAGUGUCCACGGGGGUGCCGGGGGCGUCCGUGUCUCCCUUUCCUUCAGCUCGCCAAGCUGCCUGCCUCCUGGAGGGUCUUGGGGAUCCAGAAGAGGCAAUUCCCUCCCAGGCAGGAAUGGGAAGGAGAUGAUGCAGAACCUCAAUGACCGCCUGGCCUCCUACCUGGAGAAGGUACGUGCCCUGGAGGAGGCCAACGAGCAGCUCGAGAGUCGCAUCCUGAAGUGGCAUGAGCAGAGAGAUCCUGGCAGUAAGCAAAAUUACUCCCAGUAUGAGGAAAACAUCAGCCACCUGCAGGAGCAGAUCAUGGAUGGCAAGCAGACCAACGCUCAGAUCACUCUUCUCAUUGACAAUGCCAGGAUGGCAGUGGAUGACUUCGGCCUCAAGUACGAAAAUGAACACUCCUUCAAGAAAGAUUUGGAAAUUGAAGUUGAAGGUCUCCGAAAGACCUUGGAUGAUCUGACCAUUGUCACAACAGAUCUGGAACAGGAGGUUGAGGGGAUGAGGAAAGAGCUCAUUCUCAUGAAGAAGCGCCAUGAACAGGAAAUGAUAGAACGUCAUGUGCCAAAUGACUUCAAGGUCAAUGUGAAGGUGGAUGCAACUCCAGGAGAUGAUCUAAUUAAGAUCCUGGAGGAUAUGAGAGAGGAAUAUGAGUUUAUAAUAAAGAAGAAGCAUCAAGAGUUGGACACUUGGUAUAAAGAGCAGUCAGCAGCCAUGGCGCAAGAAGUGGCCAGUCCAGCAGCUGUGCCAAGUAGCCAAAGUGACAUCCAUGAGCUGAAGCGCACUUUCCAGGCCCUGGAGAUUGACCUGCAGGCGCAGUGCCACAGGAAAUCUGCUUUAGAGAACAUGCUGUCAGAGACCCAGUCCCAGUACUCCUGCCAGCUCCGGGACAUGCAAUACGUCAUCUCCCACUAUGAGGAUGAACUGACACAGCUACGCCAUGACCUGGAGCGGCAGAACAAUGAAUACAAGGUCCUCCUGGGCAUCAAGACCCACCUGGAGAAGGAAAUCGCCACCUACCACCAGCUCCUGGAGGGAGAGAGCGAGGGGACGAUGGAAGAAUCAAAGUCAAGUGUGAAAGCAUCUGCAGCUCCAAAGAUCAAGGCCAUCACACAGGAGAGCAUCAACGGAAGAAUAAUUCUUUCUCAAGUGAAUGAGAUCCAAAAGUAUGCAUAAAGCCAAAAAAAGUUUCUGCCUAUUGUAAGGGCUACUUUUCCCCAAUAGAAAUCUUUGCCCAGAAUGAUGGGUGAGUCCUAAGAGGUAUCCUUGGAGUUUUCAAUCUCAGAAACUUUUUCCCCCUCUGGAACAAUGUCACCAGACAUUCCAUAACAACCUUAAUAUACUGCUGCACUUUCUGAAUCACAGUAUGAGUUCAUGAGCAUAAAGGUCUACUUUACUACUACAGUCUUCAGAUUGCCAUCACUGUGUAUCUGUUUUGUAGCCAAUAAAACUUUACACCUGGUGCAUCA